AUGGUUGAGGCACAGCAUAUCAGGUUCUUAAGAUUGAAUCAAGUAUUCAACAAGGCACUUUCUCAAUCAGUAGCAAAACUAGAAAAUUGGGAGAAGCUCUGUUCUUGUUUUCCGGAGUACUGUGCAACAAAGGAAGGUGCUGCCAAUUUAAGUAACUGUCAGAGGCAGGUCAUAGAGUUUUGGACCGAACUAUGCAAGAGGGAAUUCGAAGACAUAUUGGUGGAAAGGGAUGUUAAGGCAAAACUGGAUGACCUUGAUGACCUAGUCUUUGAGGCGAACGAGCGCCUGCGAACCACAUCAACAGGAGACGAGCCCCAUUGCACACCCUUAGAUAAGUUAUCCAGUGAACAAUUAGUUGCAUGCACUGUGUAUGGGGAGAGGCGUGCAGCCGUUGAAGAGUUGCAAGAGAGAUUGAAUACUAUAAAUUCGCUCAAUAAAGGCUUACAGGAAGAGUUGCAAGAGCUUGAGCAAAAUCUCAACGCUGGACGUAAAGAUAUAGAGGUCCUAUGUGAUAAAUACCUUGGUAAAACAAUUGAAAGUCCGCUGGAUGAGACUUUAGUGCAAGGUCUGAGUGACAUGCUUCUCGAAUUGCGCGAUGCAUGA